AUGGGAUGGCGCCGGUCCGCAGGUGACUGGAAGCGGGAGCAUUGGAAAUUCAAACCGUAUCGCGUGUUCUUCUGCCAGGUGUUCGGCGUCAUUGCCCAAACCUACGGUCUCGGACAGGCGCUUGCCUGGCGCAAGAUCGUCCCGUUCACGUUGUCCCGCACCCACAUCUGCUGCCCUACUCCAAAGACACCUGCUUCUUCUCCUGCGGCGGCGGUGAUCGCCUGCAGAAGUGGGCCAGCGCAUUUUGUCACCAACGUUGGAGGGCCCCAUCGAGAUUACUUCGAUCCAAGCCUUCCUUUGACUCUCCAUGCUACCAGAAGUCGAUCUAAAUUACGAGUCUCCACACCGUUGUGGGACAUUGCCGUUUCUAUUUUGGACUUUCUUCGUUUCCCACCUCGCUUCGGACCACACAGCUGA